CUCUCGCGAGAGGUAGGCGGGGCCGGAGCGGGGCCGCCGCCUGCGGGGAGGGGGCGGCUCUGAGGAGACGCCGUAGCCGGGGCCUGGGCCGUCCGCUGGCUUGUCACAGCGCCUCAGGCUGCGGACUCGCGAAGGAGCCGGCUGAAGCUAGGAGGAAGCAGCAACAGCAGAGAUGGCGCGGCUGGCUGCAGUUUGCAGAGACGGGGAGGAGGAAUUUCCCUUCGAAAAGAGGCAGAUCCCUCUCUACAUAGAUGACACCCUUACAAUGGUGAUGGAAUUUCCUGAUAAUGUGCUAAACCUUGAUGGACAUCAGAAUAAUGGUGCACAAUUAAAGCAGUUCAUUCAGCGACAUAGUAUGCUUAAACAGCAGGAUCUAAAUAUUGCCAUGAUGGUGACAUCGCGUGAAGUCUUGAGUGCACUUUCUCAGCUUGUCCCAUGUGUUGGCUGUCGUCGUAGUGUGGAACGUCUGUUUUCCCAGCUUGUUGAGUCUGGAAAUCCAGCACUUGAGCCCCUUACGGUAGGGCCUAAGGGAGUCCUUUCUGUAACUCGAAGCUGUAUGACUGACGCAAAGAAGCUUUAUACGCUAUUUUAUGUGCAUGGGUCCAAAUUAAACAAUAUGAUAGAUGCAAUUCCAAAAAGUAAGAAGAACAAGAGAUGUCAAUUGCACUCCCUAGACACGCACAAGCCAAAACCUUUGGGUGAAGGGAGCAAUAGCACACUCAGUACAGAGAAAUUAGGUGCAGAUAAGAAAAAUAGUGAAGACAACAGGAAGGAGAGCAAAUGUAGGAUCACUUUCCACUAUGGACCUUUCCAGGGAGCUGCCAGGGGUUGUUGGAUGGAUGUGUGGGAACUCAUGUCCCAAGAAUGCAGGGAUGAAGUAGUUUUAAUUGAUUCUAGUUGUCUUUUAGAAACAUUAGAAACAUAUCUGCGAAAACACAGGUUUUGCACCGACUGCAAAAAUAAAGUGCUCCGGGCAUACAAUAUUCUUAUUGGUGAACUAGACUGCAGCAAAGAAAAGGGCUAUUGUGCUGCACUUUAUGAGGGUUUGCGUUGUUGUCCACAUGAACGUCAUAUACACGUAUGCUGUGAAACAGACUUCAUUGCACAUCUCUUGGGUCGAGCUGAACCAGAGUUCGCAGGAGGGUAUGAACGAAGGGAAAGGCAUGCUAAGACAAUAGACAUAGCCCAAGAAGAGGUUUUGACCUGCCUGGGUAUUCAUCUUUAUGAAAGACUACACCGAAUCUGGCAAAAGCUACGGGCUGAAGAGCAAACAUGGCAGAUGCUUUUUUACCUUGGUGUUGACGCUUUACGCAAGAGUUUUGAGAUGGCUGUGGAAAAAGUGCAGGGUAUUAGUCGAUUGGAACAACUCUGUGAAGAGUUUUCAGAAGAGGAAAGAGUACGAGAACUUAAACAAGAGAAGAAGCGCCAAAAACGGAAGAAUAGGCGGAAAAAUAAGUGUGUGUGUGAGAUUCCUGCUCCCUCACAGGCAAUAGAAGAGAAAGAAAUAAGUCCGGAGAAGGAAAACUCAGACUUCAUGGAAAAUAGUUGCAAAGCCUGUGGUAGUACAGAAGAUACUAGCAGUUGUGUAGAAGUAAUUGUUACCAAUGAAAGCACUUCAUGUACCUGUCCUAGCAGUGGCACUCUUUUGGGUUCACCUAAAAUAAAGAAAGGUUUAUCUCCACAUUGUAAUGGUAGUGAUUGCGGCUAUUCAUCUAGCAUGGAGGGCAGUGAAACGGGAUCUCGGGAGGGUUCAGAUGUAGCCUGCACUGAAGGCAUUUGUAACCAUGACGAAAAUGGUGAUGAGUCGUGUGUCCACCGCUGUGAGGAUAAAGAGGAGGAUGGAGAUAGUUGUGUGGAAUGUUGGGCUAAUUCUGAAGAGGAUAACACAAAAGGCAAAAACAAAAAGAAGAAAAAGAAAAGCAAAACUUUGAAUGAGCAUAUUCAGAAACUUGGAAGUUGUAUUGCAGAUCCGAGUAACCGUGAGACCUCAGGAAAUAUUGUGUGCACAGAGUUUCACCUUGACAAGACCAAAGACACCCAUGCUGAAAGCUGCUGUAACUCAGAAAAAAAUGGGCAGCAGCUGCCUUGGUUUGACCACAGGAAAAAUGUGUCACAGUUUGCAGAAUCUACAGAAACCUCACUUGUUCCUGAUUCUGGAAAAGGUGCCAAGAGCUUAGUGGAACUCCUUGAUGAAUCUGAAUGCACUUCUGAUGAGGAAAUCUUUAUCUCACAAGACGAAAUACAGUCAUUUAUGGCAAACAACAAGUCUUUUUACAGCAAUAGAGAACAGUACCGACAGCAUCUGAAGGAGAAAUUUAAUAAAUACUGCCGCUUAAAUGAUCACAAGAGGCCCAUUUGUAGUGGUUGGUUGACAACGGCUGGAGCGAACUAAAUACAAUAAAAUAGCUCUGUCUUUCAUUGAAAUCCUCAAGAUGACUACUGCGCCUUCUCUUUCAAAAACUUAAUUUAGUGACCUUAUGGCAAAAUUUUAUCUUAAAAUCAAUGUGAUUCUUUUUCUUUUUCUUUUUUUUUCCGGUGGGGAGAUUGGUGGAAGUGAUUUCAUUAAUUUUGAUCUUUCUUCAGGCUUGUUUCUUUAGUUGAGUAGCUGUGCAAGCCUCUCUUAUAAUUUAUGCCAUCUCUUUUCAUUACAUGUUUCUCUUACUGUGAGACUUACAAAAAGCAACCUAGUGGCAAAGUAAUGUUGUACCUAUAAUUCUGUACAGAAUGACAAUGAGCUGAAUAUAAGAUUUUACAAAUAGACAUCCAUUUGCAAAAUGUUUUGGAUGUAAUAUGUUAAAGCGCAAUGUGCAAAAUUUAAAUAAAGAAUAUUUAUUAAUAUGCA